ACAAAGAUUUGAUUAUGUUUUUAUGAUUGUAAUAGCUGUGCGUAGCUUACCAUACUAGCAAAUUCUCAAGCAAAACCACAACCAACACAACUCAGUCAUAAAUCAAAUAAAAAAAGUAAAAAACACCACAAAAUACUUUAUAUGCUGUUUCGUCGUGCAAUUGAAUGAUUUUUUUAAAAUUCGUAGUUCACAAAAAUGUCAGAAACUGAAAACGGUGAAAUUGCAGACAAAAACGGUGCCGAAAACGAUGAGGUUGAAAACGAAGAUGCGGAGAAGGGAUCGGUUACCGGAAGAGAUGACGAUGACAACGAAUCGACAAAAGCCGAAGACGCGCAGUCAACUUCGGCGAACAACGAGGAGGGAAACGAACGAGAAAAAACGGUCGAGGGACGAGAAACUCCAAAAGAUUCAAAAAGCCGAGACUCUACGCGACCCAACACAGGUGCCAAGUCGCGUGUUUCCAACGCAUCUAGAGGUUCCAAGAGACCAGAAACAAAGAGCACAAAAAAAGACAGAGAUGGAGGUGGUUCGAAUCCCGCUAGUCGCCAGUCUACUAGAGACAGCAGAAUAGCGAGUGGCACUAAAAAAGAGGUCGAGGCGGAUGGAGUUUCUGAGAUGACAGUGCCGAAGACACCUCCUCCCGGCGAAACGGAGGGCGGAAAUGGUGAUGUUCUAGACGACAACAAACUCGAUGAUUCAUCCGAAGACCAAAAUGGCAACAUUAAACAAGCGGAGGGGGAAAUUCCGAAUGGGUUCGUGCGACAGAAGACUUCUCUCGUGGAUACUAUUUCUCGGCUGCUGCCUGCGAACGAGGAAGAGUCCAAAAAGAGUCGGAUCAAAGAGGCACUGGCAAAACUGACCGACGAAAUGACAGGCGAGCAACUUUUCUGUUCUGAUUGCGAAGACGAACUGACAAUAGACGAGCUGCAUAUUUGUCUCGACUGUCCUAAAUGGCUAUGCAAUGAUUGCAAAAACCACCAUGUAAAGUCCAAAGCCACCCGUGCGCACGAAGUGUACACUCCUCCAAGUGUGUGUGCUAUGGAGUGCACUGUUCACGGUGAGAACUUCUCACUCUUCUGCAAACAGUGCGAAUCUUUGGUGUGUAGUCAGUGCAUUACUCAGAAGUGCACGGUUGGAAAACACGAUUUGAUCAGUAUCGACGAAAAAGAGCGCGAAUCACGUGACACUUUGGAAGCAUUCGCUGCCAGAAUCAAGUCGCUCUCCGAUUUGAACCAAUCAAAACUGACCGAAAUUUCCGAACGCGUUUCGACGUUCAGAGAGUUCGAGGAGCGCGCCAAACUUAAAAUUGAAGCUCGCUUCGCUGAGUUGCGGUUACUUUUGGACUCUAUGGAGGAAAACGUGCUACUGGAGCUGGAUAGCUUGGCUUCCGAUACUCACGCAGAAUUUAUAGACAACAGGGAGAAAGUAAAGCUUGAAAAAGAGGGCAUUUCGAAAUGCGACGAUUCUAUAAAACAGUGUCUGAAACGAAACAGAAUCGGGCUGAUAAAUACCCUACCGAUGACUGGAGCGUUGGUAAUGAAUUUAGAAGUAAACGAAAGCAACAAACCGCUUGAAGUUUCAGAGCCGAGCCUAGUCGAGCCGAUUUUGAACAACGACAAUUUUUUGUCAGACGUCGAAAAGCACGUAAUCCGAGCGAGCAAAAGCGGAAAGUUGAAGUUAGUCGAAAACUCUGUUAUAAUCAACCAAAUGCAUAUUAGAACUACCCAAGAUCCAGAAGAAAAUGUGAUAUAUGAUUUUUGUUGGGUUUCCAACUCGAAAAUAGCGGUGGUAGAUAACCGAAAUAAAAGUCUGAAACUUUUAAGCCUUGAUGAUGCAGUUGUUAUUAAACAAGUUUUCCACGACAACGGCUUGUGUCGUGUGUGUUGCAACCGCGAUUUGGAGCAAAUAAUAGUUUGCGACGAUAAAUAUUGUCUCUACAAUUAUGACCUAGAUUUGAAUUUUAAAGGCAUAAUUGAUAUUCCACAUCAUAUCAGAAAACCAUACGGGAUGGAUUUCCUGGAAAAAAGCGGCAACUUCAUCAUCGGCGAUCGUCAAGAUGGUCAAAUUUACGAGCUAACUGCGAUUAAUCAGCCUCUGAGCCCAAACAGUACCCAAAGUUUCUCAGUUUUGAGACAAAUUGCGUCCGGAUUUUCUUGCUUAGAUUACGUCACAACAACCAGUGAUCACUUUUUGGUUUCACAUGGUAAUGGACAUGGAGUCAGACUAAUAACCGACGAAGGAAAGUUUGUUUGCGAAAUUGACCAAUCAGGGCAGGGCUUGAAUUGGCCGCUAGGGGUCGCGUUUGACAUGCACGGAAAUGCUGUGAUUUGCGACUCAUGCAACCAUCGAAUUCUUGUCAUUUCCCCCCUAGGCGAGAGAUUGAAAGAAGUGAAGGGUUUCUAUUUACCAAGGGCUGUCAAAUUCAGCGACAAUCAAGAGGUGCUAAUUGUAGCAGAAAGAAGCGGUCGAGUUAAACUUUUGACGUAUAUGGAAAGUUCAAGCUAAUCAUUUUAACCUUAAUUUCUUCAUCAAUCAUCCAGAUUAUUGCUAAUCUUUCUAGUUGAGACCAUUUUUGAAACCAUAAGAUAAGAUUCAACACGACCAAGC